GCCGGGAGCGGCACCGGGACAGGCACCGGGCAGGCACCGGGAGCGGCACCGGGAACGGCACCGGGACAGGCAGCAGCACCGGCAGCGGGGCCGGCAGCCCCGGCCGGGCUCAUGCAGGGCUCGGCGCGGCGCCGGCCGUUCCCGGCGGCGGCUCCGGGCUCCCCGCUGCCCGCCGGGCCGCUCUACCCGGGCAGGCACGGGGCGGUGAAGGGCGAGGACACCUUCAAGACGUCCCCGUUCCACCUGGAYCUGUGGUUCUACUUCACCCUGCAGAACUGGGUGCUGGACUUCGGGCGCCCCAUUGCCAUGAUAAUCCUCCCUCUGGAAUGGUUUCCUCUCAACAAGCCCAGCGCUGGCGAUUAUUUCCACAUGGCUUACAACGUUAUCACACCCUUUCUUCUGCUCAAGCUCAUCGAGAGGUCCCCCAAGACCCUGCCCCGCUCCAUGGUCUACGUCAGCAUCAUCACCUUUGUCAUGGGUGCCAGCAUCCACCUGGUGGGUGACUCGGUUAACCAUCGGCUCAUCUUCAGCGGGUACCAGCACCACCUGUCCGUCAGGGAGAACCCCAUCAUCAGGAACCUCAAACCCGAGACCCUGAUUGAUUCCUUUGAGCUCCUCUAYUACUACGACGAAUAUUUGGGUCAUUCCAUGUGGUACAUCCCGUUUUUCCUGAUCCUGUUCAUCUACUUCACCGGCUGCUUCACCCCCGCCGCACAGCGGAGCCGGGUGCCGGCGGCUGCCCUGCUGCUGAUGGGGCCCAGCAGCCUCUACUACUGGUACCUGGUGACYGAGGGCCAGAUCUUCAUCCUCUACAUCUUCACCUUCUUCGCCAUGAUGGCUCUGGUGAUGCACCAGCGGCGGAAAGGGCUGGUGCUGGACAGCAACGGGCUCUUCCUCUUUGCAUCCUUCAGCAUCGCCCUGCUGCUCAUCGCUGCCUGGGUGGGCUGGCUGUGGAAYGACAAAAUCCUCAGGAAGAAAUACCCAGGUGUGAUCUACAUCCCCGAGCCCUGGGCCUUCUACACCCUGCACGUCAGCACCCUCCACRCCGCCAAGGAGAGUUUCUAAGUUUUGAUACUUCAGAGGGAUUUGAAGGGAAAAAAAAAAAAUCUAGUUUUUCUAAUGUAGAUUAAUGUAUUUCGAAUAAAUUCCUGCCCGACGGUAGCUGUGGGAAGCGCUGUGUGG